AUGGCCAUCUUUGGGGAGGCGGCUCCUUACCUCCGAAAGUCAGAGAAGGAGAGAAUUGAGGCCCAGAACAAGCCUUUUGAUGCCAAGUCAUCUGUCUUUGUGGUGCAUCCUAAGGAAUCCUUUGUGAAAGGGACAAUCCAAAGCAAAGAAUCAGGGAAGGUCACUGUCAAGACUGAAGCUGGAGAGACCCUGACCGUGAAGGAUGAUCAAAUCUUCUCCAUGAACCCUCCCAAGUAUGAUAAAAUCGAGGACAUGGCUAUGAUGACCCACCUCCACGAACCUGCUGUGCUGUACAACCUCAAAGAGCGUUAUGCAGCCUGGAUGAUCUACACCUACUCGGGACUCUUCUGUGUCACUGUCAAUCCCUACAAGUGGCUGCCGGGGUACAACCCGGAGGUGGUGUUGGCCUACCGAGGCAAGAAGCGCCAGGAGGCCCCUCCACACAUCUUCUCCAUCUCUGACAACGCCUAUCAGUUCAUGCUAACUGAUCGCGAGAACCAGUCAAUCCUGAUCACCGGAGAAUCCGGUGCAGGGAAGACACACAACACAAAGCGUGUCAUCCAGUACUUUGCAACAAUUGCAGCGAGUGGGGAGAAAAAAAAAGAAGAACAGCAGUCAGGCAAAAUGCAGGGAACGCUUGAGGAUCAAAUCAUCAGCGCCAACCCACUGCUGGAGGCCUUUGGAAAUGCCAAGACUGUGAGGAACGACAACUCCUCACGCUUUGGCAAAUUCAUCAGAAUUCACUUCGGUGCCACAGGAAAACUAGCUUCUGCUGAUAUUGAAACAUAUCUGCUGGAGAAGUCCAGAGUCACUUUCCAGCUCAAGGCAGAAAGAAGCUACCACAUAUUUUACCAGAUCAUGUCCAACAAGAAGCCAGAGCUAAUAGACAUGCUUCUCAUUACCACCAACCCAUACGACUAUCACUUUGUGAGUCAAGGUGAGAUCACGGUUCCCAGCAUUAAUGACCAGGAGGAGCUGAUGGCUACAGAUAGUGCCAUUGACAUCCUGGGCUUCACUGCUGAUGAAAAAACAGCCAUUUACAAGCUGACAGGAGCUGUCAUGCACUAUGGCAACUUGAAGUUCAAGCAGAAACAACGAGAGGAGCAGGCAGAGCCUGAUGGCACAGAAGUUGCUGACAAAGCCGCCUACUUGAUGGGUCUGAACUCAGCAGACUUGCUCAAGGCCCUCUGCUACCCCAGAGUCAAGGUUGGGAAUGAAUACGUGACCAAGGGUCAAACUGUGCAGCAGGUGAACAAUGCAGUGGGUGCACUGGCAAAGGCUGUCUAUGAGAAGAUGUUCCUGUGGAUGGUUGUUCGCAUCAACCAACAGCUGGAUACAAAGCAGCCCAGACAGUACUUCAUCGGUGUGCUGGACAUUGCUGGCUUCGAGAUCUUUGAUUUCAACAGCCUGGAGCAGCUGUGCAUCAACUUCACCAACGAGAAACUGCAACAGUUCUUCAACCACCACAUGUUCGUGCUGGAGCAGGAGGAGUACAAGAAGGAAGGAAUUGAAUGGACAUUCAUUGACUUUGGGAUGGACUUGGCUGCCUGCAUUGAGCUCAUUGAGAAACCAAUGGGCAUCUUCUCCAUCCUGGAAGAGGAGUGCAUGUUCCCCAAGGCAACUGACACCUCUUUCAAGAACAAGCUCUAUGACCAGCAUCUGGGCAAGUCCAGCAACUUCCAGAAGCCCAAGCCUGCCAAAGGCAAGGCUGAGGCCCACUUCUCCCUUGUGCACUAUGCUGGCACGGUGGACUACAAUAUCACUGGCUGGCUUGAGAAGAACAAGGAUCCCUUGAAUGAAACUGUCAUUGGGUUGUACCAGAAAUCAUCCGUGAAGACACUGGCUUUACUUUUUGCCUCCUAUGAGGCUAGUGGUGGUGGCGCUGGAGGUGGAAAGAAGGGUGGCAAGAAGAAGGGUUCUUCUUUCCAGACUGUGUCAGCUCUUUUCCGGGAAAACUUAAACAAGCUGAUGACCAAUCUACGGAGCACUCACCCCCAUUUUGUCCGUUGCAUCAUCCCAAAUGAAACAAAAACACCUGGUGCCAUGGAGCAUGAACUGGUACUUCACCAGCUGCGGUGUAACGGUGUGCUGGAAGGCAUCAGAAUUUGCAGGAAAGGUUUCCCCAGCAGAGUUCUCUAUGCUGACUUCAAGCAGAGAUACAAGGUGCUUAAUGCCAGUGCUAUCCCAGAGGGACAGUUCAUUGAUAGCAAGAAGGCUUCUGAGAAGCUUCUGGGCUCAAUCGAUGUGGACCACACCCAGUACAAAUUUGGCCACACCAAGGUGUUCUUCAAAGCUGGGCUGCUGGGACUCCUGGAGGAGAUGAGGGAUGAGAAGCUGGCACAGCUCAUCACUCGCACACAGGCCAGGUGCAGGGGCUUCCUGAUGAGAGUGGAGUACCAGAGAAUGGUGGAGAGGAGGGAAUCCAUCUUCUGCAUCCAGUACAAUAUUCGUGCAUUCAUGAACGUGAAGCACUGGCCCUGGAUGAAGCUGUUCUUCAAGAUCAAGCCCUUGCUGAAGAGUGCAGAAUCUGAGAAGGAGAUGGCCAACAUGAAGGAAGAGUUUGAGAAAACCAAGGAAGAGCUUGCAAAGUCUGAGGCAAAGAGGAAGGAGCUGGAGGAGAAAAUGGUGAAACUGGUGCAGGAGAAAAAUGACCUGCAGCUCCAAGUGCAGGCUGAAGCUGAUGCUUUAGCUGAUGCUGAGGAAAGGUGUGAUCAGCUCAUCAAAACCAAAAUCCAGCUGGAAGCCAAAGUAAAGGAGGUGACUGAAAGGGCUGAGGAUGAGGAGGAAAUUAAUGCUGAGCUAACAGCCAAGAAGAGGAAACUGGAGGACGAAUGUUCAGAGCUGAAGAAAGAUAUUGAUGACCUUGAAUUAACACUGGCCAAGGUUGAAAAGGAAAAACAUGCCACUGAAAACAAGGUGAAAAACCUCACAGAGGAGAUGGCAGCCCUGGACGAGACCAUUGCCAAGCUGACAAAAGAGAAGAAAGCCCUCCAAGAGGCCCAUCAGCAGACACUGGAUGACCUGCAGGCAGAAGAGGACAAAGUCAAUACUCUGACCAAAGCCAAGACCAAGCUGGAGCAGCAAGUGGACGAUCUGGAAGGGUCCCUGGAGCAAGAGAAGAAACUGCGCAUGGACCUUGAGAGAGCUAAGAGGAAACUCGAAGGAGACCUGAAGCUGGCCCAUGACAGCAUAAUGGAUCUGGAAAAUGAUAAGCAGCAGCUGGAUGAGAAACUGAAGAAGAAAGACUUUGAAAUCAGCCAGAUCCAGAGCAAAAUCGAGGAUGAGCAAGCCCUGGGCAUGCAACUACAGAAGAAGAUCAAGGAGCUGCAGAUUGACAACCUGCAACGAGUGAAGCAGAAGCUGGAGAAGGAGAAGAGUGAGCUGAAGAUGGAGACUGAUGACUUGGCCAGUAACAUGGAGUCUGUCUCCAAAGCCAAGGCAAAUCUGGAGAAGAUGUGCCGCACACUGGAAGAUCAGCUGAGUGAGAUUAAGACAAAGGAAGAAGAGCAUCAGCGCAUGAUCAAUGACCUCAAUGCUCAAAGAGCUCGUCUGCAGACAGAAUCAGGUGAAUAUUCACGCCAGGUGGAAGAGAAAGAUGCUCUGAUUUCUCAGCUCUCAAGAGGCAAGCAGGCUUUCACCCAACAAAUUGAGGAACUCAAGAGGCACCUAGAGGAAGAGAUAAAGGCCAAGAACGCCCUGGCCCACGCCUUGCAGUCUGCUCGCCAUGACUGUGACUUGCUCCGGGAACAAUAUGAGGAGGAGCAGGAAGCCAAGGGGGAGCUGCAGCGUGCCCUGUCCAAGGCCAACAGCGAAGUGGCCCAGUGGAGAACCAAAUAUGAGACGGAUGCUAUUCAGCGCACGGAGGAGCUGGAGGAGGCCAAGAAGAAGCUGGCACAGCGCCUGCAGGAUGCAGAGGAACAUGUCGAAGCCGUCAAUGCCAAAUGUGCCUCCCUGGAAAAGACCAAGCAGAGGCUGCAGAACGAAGUGGAGGACCUGAUGAUUGACGUGGAGCGAUCGAAUGCUGCCUGCGCAGCUCUGGAUAAGAAGCAGAAGAACUUUGACAAGAUCCUGGCAGAAUGGAAGCAGAAGUAUGAGGAAACGCAGGCUGAGCUGGAAGCCUCCCAGAAGGAGGCUCGCGCUCUCAGCACGGAGCUGUUUAAGAUGAAGAAUGCCUAUGAGGAGUCCUUGGACCACCUGGAAACGCUGAAGCGUGAGAACAAGAACUUGCAGCAGGAGAUUUCUGACCUCACGGAGCAGAUUGCUGAGGGAGGAAAGGCGAUUCAUGAGCUGGAGAAAGUCAAGAAGCAGAUUGAGCAGGAGAAAUCUGAACUCCAAGCCUCCCUGGAGGAAGCUGAGGCCUCCCUAGAACAUGAAGAGGGCAAGAUCCUGCGCCUCCAGCUUGAGCUCAACCAGGUGAAGUCUGAGAUUGACAGGAAGAUAGCAGAGAAAGAUGAGGAGAUCGACCAGAUGAAGAGAAACCACCUCAGAAUUGUGGAGUCGAUGCAGAGCACCCUGGACGCUGAGAUCAGGAGCAGGAACGAAGCCCUGCGGCUGAAGAAGAAGAUGGAGGGAGACCUGAAUGAAAUGGAGAUCCAGCUGAGCCAUGCCAACCGCGUGGCUGCAGAGGCACAAAAGAACCUGAGAAACACACAGGGAGUGCUCAAGGACACCCAGAUACACUUGGACGAUGCUCUCAGGACACAGGAGGACCUGAAGGAGCAGGUGGCCAUGGUGGAGCGCAGAGCAAACCUCUUGCAGGCUGAAAUUGAGGAGCUACGGGCAGCCCUGGAGCAGACAGAGAGGUCAAGGAAAGUGGCUGAGCAGGAACUGAUGGAUGCAAGUGAGAGAGUUCAGCUCCUCCACACUCAGAACACCAGCUUGAUUAACACCAAGAAGAAGCUGGAAACAGAUAUUGCCCAAAUUCAGGGUGAAAUGGAGGAUACGAUCCAGGAAGCCCGCAAUGCUGAAGAGAAGGCCAAGAAGGCCAUCACAGAUGCAGCCAUGAUGGCAGAAGAGCUGAAGAAGGAGCAGGACACCAGCGCCCACCUGGAGAGGAUGAAGAAGAACCUGGACCAGACCGUGAAGGACCUGCAGCACCGUCUGGAUGAGGCUGAGCAGUUGGCACUGAAGGGAGGCAAGAAGCAAAUCCAGAAGCUGGAGGCCAGAGUGCGGGAGCUGGAAGGGGAGGUUGAUGCUGAGCAGAAGCGCAGCGCUGAAGCCGUGAAGGGUGUGCGCAAGUACGAGAGGAGGGUGAAGGAGCUGACCUACCAGUCCGAGGAAGACCGGAAGAAUAUUCUCAGGCUCCAGGAUCUGGUGGACAAGCUGCAAAUGAAGGUGAAAUCCUACAAGAGACAAGCUGAGGAGGCUGAGGAGCUGUCCAAUGUCAACCUCUCCAAGUUCCGCAAGAUCCAGCAUGAGCUGGAGGAAGCCGAGGAGCGGGCUGACAUUGCAGAGUCGCAGGUCAACAAGCUCCGAGUCAAAAGCCGGGAGUUUCACAGUAAGAAGAUAGGAGAGGAAGAGUGAGGAUGUCAUGAGGCAAUAAAGCGACCUGAGAGCUGCACAAAAUGUGAACCUCUCGGUCACUUUCUUUUGUAAUUAGUCUUUGUAACCAUGUCGAUGUCUAGGGAAUAAAGACCGUAGCUUCCUUUGCAUACUCAG